GGGACGGUGAUCCGCAAGUGGAAUGGAGAAAAGAUGGCCUACUUAAAGAACUGGGGAGAAGGCUGGGGCUUUAUGCCUUCAGACAAAGCCCUGGUCUUUGUGGAUAAUCACGACAACCAGCGGGGGCAUGGCGCUGGUGGAGCUGCCAUUCUGACGUUCUGGGACUCCAGGCUUUAUAAAAUGGCAGUGGGUUUCAUGCUCGCUCAUCCCUAUGGCUUCACUCGUGUGAUGUCAAGUUUUCGCUGGCCAAGAUACUUUGUAGAUGGAAAGGACAUCAAUGACUGGGUUGGACCACCAAGUAACGCGGAUGGAUCAGUCAAGUCCGUUACAAUCAAUCCAGACACUACGUGCGGCAACGACUGGGUUUGUGAACAUCGCUGGCGUCAAAUAAAGAACAUGGUUAUAUUCCGUAACGUGGUGGAUGGGCAGCCUUUCGCCAACUGGUGGGACAACGGCAGCAAUCAAGUCGCUUUUGGCCGUGGCAAUAAGGGCUUCAUCGUUUUCAAUAAUGAUGACUGGUAA